AUGGUCAACAAUCCAUUUUAUAUGCCAUUCUUGCUUGUUCUUGCAGAAAAGAAGCAAAUUAAUGAUUCGAAGCGUCCUUUACCUCCACCACAGGGUUAUUUAUUAGAACAAGAACUUCAACUUGAUAAUAUGCUGAAUAUAAUUAAUGGCAAUCCUUCCUCCGAAUAUGACAAAAUUUGUGCAACGAAAAUUACCAACAAAGAAAAAAAGGUACAAUUAUCACAGGCGGAUGAAGAAUAUUUACGCGACAAGCAGCAACUUUCUGAUCAAUUCCAUAAAACAAUGAUGCAAAUUGAGGGGCGCGCAGUAGAAGUCUCUCCAAUAAUUCAAAGUUUGUUACAAAAACAUCGUAUGGUGCGUCCAGUUGCUCCAUAUGACAUGCAGGCAAUGAUUUGGAAUUGUAAUAAGAAGUUUACCAAUCUUCGGAUUGAAGUAAAAAUGCAAACUUGUCAAGCAAUAAAAGUGUUACAUGAAAAGUUGGCUAAUCAUCCAAGGAAACGUCGAAAUUUCUCGAAAGAAGUGGUACAAAUAUUGAAUGACUACUACCUUGAACAUAUUUCAGACCCGUAUCCAUCUGAUAAUGAUAAAAAUGAAUUGGCUAGGAAAACGGGUAUAACUGUUUCACAAGUAAAUAAUUGGUUUGGAAACAAGAGAAUUCGUUAUCGAGCACAGAAAAGGAAGGGAAAACCAGAAGAAACAAAUGAACAAGAAAAAGUUUAA